UUUUUCCAUUAUCAAGGUGACAGGCGAGGCAGGAUGAACCCAUAAUAACUCCAGUUUUAUACACUUUCAGUGUUAUUGGAAAACGCAUUAGACACAGCAGAAUGAUUCUCAAGGACCCAGUCAAGAAAGGGGGAUUAGGAGCUGGAAAAUCGGUGCUGUUACUACACAGCAGAAUGAUUCUCAAGGACCCAGUCAAGAAAGGGGGAUUAGGAGCUGGAAAAGCGGUGAUGUUAAUGUACGCAGCAGCAAAUACAGUCUUUCUUAUUUCAUGCUACCACUACUUUAGAAAGCUGAAUAAAAGCGAUGAGUUCAGAUAUAAAUGGUAUAACGAACAUCCGAAGCUGGUUCAGUUCUACUACAUGAUUGAUAGACAUGUUGGGAAGAGAAAUACCUAUUAUGAUGACGUUACAAGGUGGAAAAUGGAGGGACGGACAAUGCGAAAGGACUUGUAGGUCCUUAUGUGCUAUUAAUUUUUGUGAAAUGCAUUUUCAUCUGACUUACGAUAAAACAGUAUCUUUUCCACACAUUAAAUGUGUAUGAAACUGUGAUCAAGAUAUGUCAUGUUUAUGAAAUUAAUAAUCAUUAUGUUUUGUAUUUGAAUAAAUCAUUUUUGUUUUAACUUUUUAAUUUUAUACAAACAUAAUGCGAGAGCCAGAUAAUGCAAUAUUAAAAGGAAGUAUAUAAACAAAUAAGACAAGCGAAAAAUGCAAAACAGUUUGUAAAGAUUUCAGACAGAAUUGAGGAAAGUGUUAAAUCUAUUUGAAUAGUAUCGAGAAAAUUUAACAG